UGCGCAGGAACGAUUGGUCUCUCUUGUCGCUGCGUUAAAAUCUCCAGCUGUGCGAAUCGGCUUGCACGCUGUGAGAAAUUAUAUAAAGGACGUGCGUGGAAGGCGAGUCGUCGACAUUAAAGGAUCAAAGGGACGGUUCUAUCUAUCCUAUCAAAUCCUUUUGCUGAUCCUUCGACGGAAAAGGGGAGGAAGGAAAGAAGAAAGAAAGAAAGAAAGAAAGGAGGUCACCGCAAGAAGCUUUUUCGUCUACGUAUUCGUACAUACGGGCACACGCAAUAUGCGAGUACAUAUCCUGCGUACUCGCGGGAAUAUCGAAGGCAAGGCACGCGGCUAUAAAAGCUGAACCGAUCCGAGCGAGAGGAACGACCGAGGCUGUUGAAGGAGUUCUGGCGAGGGGAACGAAAGGGUGAAAUGAGGAGAGGGAGAGAGAAAAGAGGAAGCCGCUCGAAUCGUGCGAGUACGAAGCAAGAAGAAGAAAAUGAGAGAGAAGGAGAGAGAGAGAGAGAGAAGGAGGAGAGAGAAAGAAGAUGAAAAGGAGAAGAAGCGGACUACAUCUUACCACUACUAAUACACUACUACGCAACGCAAAGUCCUUCGUUGUCUCCGAGAGAGCUAAGGAGAGAAGGUCUUUCUCUCUCUUUUUCGCGAGCCAUCUCGGUUGUCUGUCAAGACACUUUUAAAAUGCUAUCCUCCGGCAGAAGCAUCGACGUGGAGCCACCCUUUCUCUCCCUUCAAGCUGGCGACUCUGAUGCCCCUAGUACAUUACAACUGUUCGAAACACUUGAGGCUCUUUCUUUGCGCCGUCUUCGCCCCUGUAUGCUCCGAACAUGUGGCCAUGCAGAUACCCGCUUGCAAGUCUCUCUGUCUUUCGGUUAGGAGAGAGUGCGAGCCGGCACUGACCAGCCUCACUCUUCCUUGGCCGCAUAUGCUCGACUGCGAUCGAUUUUUGGAUCGAGGCAACACACUUUGCGUUCAACCACCCGAGGAAACUCUCUCGGACGCUGUUCCGUCCGUUCAACAGCAAUGGCCAACGCAAGAACAAAUUCAGCCUGUUCAAACGUCCACGGGAUUGCAAAAUCACCAUCAGUGUCCCCCUCACUUCGUACAAACGCCGGAUGUACAAACGAUCUCUUGUGCUCCGCGUUGCGGUAUCGACGCUUAUUAUCGCGCCGAGGAUAAAAAAUUUGCCGAACGAUGGAUGAUAGGAUGGGCAUGGCUCUGCUUUUUAUCCACGCUUUUCACUCUUUUAACGUUCUGGGUCGAGCCCUCCAGAUUCCGUUAUCCAGAGAGACCCAUAGUAUUUUUGGCGCUCUGUUACAAUUUAUUAUCGGUAAAUUAUAUCGUCAGAGGUGCGAUCGGUACCGAAAUCCUCAGUUGUGUCAGCCAACUCGAUGGACCCAGUUAUGUGCCGGUUCACGACGGAUUAAAGAGUAUUCCUUGUACGAUCUGGUGGAUCGUCAAGCAUUAUCUGAGUUUAGCCAGUAGCACUUGGUGGGCGAUACUGUGCGGUUGUUGGCUUCUUAGCGCCAGAAACGAGUGGAGCAGCGAAGCUCUGCACAAUAUUGCUUCGUAUCUACACGGAGUUGCUUGGGGAUUACCGCUCUUUGCUACCGGAGGCAGCUUACUCUCUCGUCAAAUAGUUGCCGACGAACUUACCGGUCUCUGUCAAAUCGCCGAUGAAUCCGCUUUGUGGCUCGAAGUUUUACCACACGCGAUUCUGAUCUUUCUCGGUUGCAUUUUAGCAGCAGUGGCAGGCGGCGCGUUGAUUCGCGUACGACGCGCUGUACGUUCGGCCGGUCGUAGCGCGACGAAACUGGAGAGACUGAUGACUCGUCUUGGAAUCUUUGCGUUGCUUUACGCCCUGCCAGCCCUUGGUAGCUUAACCUGUAUUCUACACGAAUCUUCGACGAGACCUCGCUGGCGAACGCUCGCGCUUCUCGCUGCUCUUGAUUGUCGAUCAGCGGAGAACUGUGUACCAGGUCCCGUUUAUAGAGCGGCAGGACUCGAAGUGGCUCUUCUCAGGCCGUUUUUGUCUUUGGUCAUUGGCGUGACCUCGGGUAUGUGGGUCUGGUCUGGUAAAACUUGUAGAGCUUGGAGUAAAUUACUCGCAGCUCCUACUAAACCUACUAGAUCUAUCCCAACUGCUCAACCUCUGACACAAAAUGUUCUUCGGAAUUUUAAAGCCGAUGUAAAUAAUCUGCCAUGAGGAGAGUAUUAGCGAAAUGUACGCAAAAGAAUUCCGAAAUUGUACAUAAUGUGUAAAUAUUACGAAUGUAUUAUAUUUUUUAAAGACGUUUUUAAAGCGCUCUUCGUAAAUAAAUAUAUAUAUAUACAUAUAUAUAUAUAUGUAUUUUUUAUCGAUUUCCAUUUGUACUGUAUGUUGGUAAGAUGAAGUUGUACAGAAAAUUCAUUUUCACUGCGAAAUCAUUGUUUCCCUUAAUACGCUGUAUUAAUUUAACACGAAAAUAAAGAAAUUUGAAACUGUCAGUGCUUCAAGUUCCUGUUCGAGUUAUCCUCUGAAGGUAUUGCGGAUAUUCCUAAUCGGUGUACCGUUGAUCUCUUUUGGAAGUAUUUCUUGAAAUUAGUAUAUUAUGUGUACGAAUAUAAAGAUACAAAAAUUAAGAGAA